CUUACCUGUACCUGAAAUGUGAUUCUGUUACCUUAGAGUAAUAAGAUUUGUUUUUGUAGUCAUGAUCCAGGGCGGGAGAGAGGGGGGUGCAUGGGUGUGUUAACAAGUAGCUGCUCACACCACCAUCACUAGUUCAAGAUGGAUCUGCUACCUCAUCACUUACAUAAUUCAGAUUUACCAAGACCAUGGUUCACAAAGUCUGCAGCAGUAGGAAUGUUAGCUGGGUUCCUGAUCCCAGUCCUGCUACCAUUCUUGCACUUUGGUAUAAUAUCUCACCUCUGGGAUGAAUUCAAUUUCAAAGUCAACCGGCAAAUGUGCUCUUGCUCAUGUUGGGACACCAUAUUCAAAGGUAUAUAUGAGAGAGGACCAGGAGGGUAUAAGCAUGUUUAUUUUAACAUAACCCCCAACACCCUCAAGAUCUGGUUUGUCACAGUCUUGGCUGUCAUACUCUUAUAUGAAACUGUGAAGAAGGUGGUAAGGCUGUACAUCACUGGAGAGAUACGUUGGUCUAUGUUGGUCCUCCUGGGAGCAAGUAUCUAUCCCCAUUACUACUCUUGGUGGUCCUACUUCAAUUAUUGGAAUGAUGACUUCUACAGCCAAUGGAACCACCAGCUCUUUUUUUCUUUUACAGAGUUGGCCUCCACCAUCUCUGUUGUGAAUUUAUUAGACAAGAGCAUCAGUGUGACAGCAAAACGAGCCUUGGUUAUUGUUAGCAUUGCGAUCCUUCACAUUAUGACUUCAGGUUUUGAUCAAUUUGUUAACAACGUUGUCCAAGGGAAUGGUAUGCUUCACCAGGUGCUGCGAGAUAUAUUCUUCAUGAUCCCAGACAUUUUACAUUUAAUCUUACCAUUAGUAGAACUCAAGAAAAUUGCUCAGUCUCGUAAUGUUCCCACUGCUUAUGUAAUCUCAAACAAGGAAUUCUUCUCCUCUGUUGCUUUUGUUCUUUCUGGGUGGUUUAUCUGCUUAUUGCUUUAAUAUCAUAUUAUUUGGAAAGAUUCUUAUGCUUUUGAUAAAGCCUAAUGCUCCAGGACCAAAAGUAUAAUCUAUUUAGAAUUAUAUUAAAGUACUGCAGGUGGCACUUAAGACUCCCUGUACAGUACUGUAUUAAUAUUGACCAUGACUUUCACCCCAAAAUUUAGUAGAUAUGCAGAUCAUAGGUAAUGGAUGGUCAUCAUAUCUAGUGAAGCUUUAGAAAAAUCAUUACUUGUACAAGUACUGUGCAUAGAAAAGGGUAAUUUCCUUAUUAAGAUCAUGGAAUGUACAGUAUGAGGAACAAAAGUUAAUGUACAAGCACCAGAAUGUUGAUGAAAAGGAAAGUAGGUCCCAUAGACUUGACAGCCUGGUAGGGGCAGGGCAGAUACAGCACACUGUAGAUUAAGCCUUUUUUUCAGUACACAAGGAGACAGUGUAGCCGGCACUGCACUCGACUGCCUUCAUUUUCCCCAACCAUAAAGUUAGGUACCCAUUCAUAGCUGGGUGACCUGAGGGUGCUUUGGGCAUGAACCAGUGACCCUUAGGACAGGAGGUGAGUGCUGUAUCUACUUGGCUACUACACCCCUACAAUAUUAAUAGAUCAUGCCAAAACUUGCCAAGGGGUUGAUAUGGUUCAAAGUAUAUAAUGGUUCAUUUGUCAUAAUAUAAGUUAAAUUCAUUGAAGAUCCUUCAUUAGGUUAUAUAACAAUAUCCUUGACCUUUGAUUCAGUAACCUUAAAAUUGAUAGGAAACUUUCUCCUCAGGUACAAGGGUCUUUUGCAAUAUCACAUUCAAUGAUGCAUUGAAACUCUUGGUUACAAAAACAAAAUUCCCUUUUAUGGUAACAAUAAGUGGCCGUUGACCUUCAGAUCAACAGAGAAUUUUUACAUUUUAGGGACAACUGAUCUGUACAAUAUUUUGCUCAUCAUUGUAUAGAAAGUGAUAGUUUGGUUGACCUUCAACCCCCAAAAUCAAAAUCAACAGGGAACUCUUCCCUUCAGGGCAUUGUAUCUAUCAGUGUCUGCAUCAUUUUCAUUGUUGUAUGUAAACUCAAAGUUAUAGAAUGUAAUACAAAACUGUCUAACCCUUGUGAAAUGGGUUAAUUGCAUAGCUACCCCCUCCCCCUCCCCACAUAUGCACCAAAAAUGGUAAAAGUAAAAACAACAUAUGAUGAUGGCCACUGUGAAAGAGUCAACCCCUUCACUGUUGGAGUAUGAGUACAGUACCAGAGUAUGUACAGAAAGUUCUUAUACAUUUGUGAUUUGUAAUGGUACAAUUCACAUGAGAGUGACAGAUGAGUAUAGGACUUAUUAAAUGGUUGUCUCAGUAUACUGUAGUAUGUAUGGGUUUUCACACCAUACAUUUAUAUUUAAUCUUUUUUCCACUUUGCUAAAAUAUCCUGACAGUAUGAUGUAUACAGUACUGUAUAUAAAAAGGUCAUACAAUAAAUGUUAAGAUAUAACAGGAGUCCGAGAUAUCUAAAGUUGGUACCACCUUCACCACUCAUCCCACACCUUACAGCUGAGUUUACCUAUUAAACAACACUCACUUCCUUACAAAGAUCACAUACAGUACUGUAGUUAUUAAUACAGUACAGUAUUUAUAAACAGUUGGAGACAAAUUGCCAAAAAAUUUGUUUUUCUGAGUGGUUUAUUAUUUAUUUAUUGCAUUUAUUUUUUCUGAUCGCCCAAGCGGCUAACGAGCCGAUCAGUGGUGAAGAGGAUAAAAGUAAAGUGAAAGAUGUAUGUUUCUUUAUAGACAAUAUUGUACUUACUUUUUUAUAAAAUGUCAAAAUAAAUAAAAAGUAACUUUUACCUAUUUAUAUAAAAAUAAAUUUUUGCCUUCAACUGUAUAAUAUAGGAGAUUAUAUUUAGAAAAAUGGUAGUCCUACCUCCUUUAGAACAUUUUUUAUGACAAAAGUAUAAGCAUUUUGCACAGGUUAUUGAGUGCACUCAAACUCAUACAGUACUGUGCUGUCAGUGGUGGCCCUGCAAUUGGUGGGUGGCGAAUGGCCGGAUGUCAAGUGUUAAUGCAGUACUGUAAAUUUACACAGGCACAAUGACCUCACCAUAGGUGGUGCUAUUUUGGUGUCCCAUUAGUUAUGGAGGAUAGCCACUCUGGUCUUUAACAUCUUGGGUGUGCCGGUAUCCAUUAAUUCAACUUAACAUUGUACCAUCAUGCCCUUGACUUGGGAUUCUUGAAUGGAUAUAUUCCUCAUUUUCCUUAUCUAAGACAAAAUAACUGGCUCACACUUAACUGGGUUUCCAAGAAGGGGCCUGGAAUGCCAUUUAAUAAUUUUUCUCUCACAUUGUUUCAAAACCCCUUCAAUUGGUGGGGACAUUUGAGUUAUCAACCCACCAUAUAAUACUGUAUAUACAGAAAUAACACAGCACUACUUGGCUUGACAGCCCAUACAUAUACUGUAUGGAAAUAGUGAGAGGGAGUAAGCAACAGUGACAACCUUCGACCAAAUGGCCUCAAAAUCAGUUGUGAGUUACUGUACCUUUCUUUUGGUGUAUAGGAAUCAUAAUACUAGUUUUAAUAACAGACCUUUACCUCAUCUCCCUUGGGACAAGAUACCUAUGCAACAUCAUGUCAUCAGAACAUGGCAACAAAUUGUGGUUCAAAAACCAGUAUCCUAAUUAUAACAUCAGUCAAUUAGACCUUUUAACUACGCAGUAACCCCCAAAUCAACAAGGUGUCGUCCUCUUACUAAAGUUAGGAUAUCUUCUCUCACUAGUUCAUAGCAACCAAAAUUCUUUGACCCAAUGACCCCAAUAUCCCAACAGGGACCUCCACCUGAGGGUCAGGGUACAGUACCUAAGCAAUAUCAUGUUUAUUGGGGCAUGAAAUUCAUGUUAAGUGUCAGAAACCAAAAUUAUAAAAAAAUAGUGUUACGUGCUCCACUUUGUAGGUACAUUGACAAAAUUUAAAUAAGUGCCAAGACCUUGUUUACAGUGAGCACAUAUUGAAUAAAUACAACUUAAUGCAAAAAAUGGGUGUAAGUAUAUAAACCUGAAUACUGUAUAAAGAGAAAAGAUACAUGUGUGUUUGUUUAUGUGUAAACAAAUGAUGUACAGUAAUAUAAAUCUUUGUAACCUGAAAAUUCAGAGUGGAUGCUUUUUUUUUCUCAUUUAUAAUGGUGCAUAUCACAUUGACUAAAUUUUAUGGCUAUCAGUGUGAAUUACUGCAUACAGUAAUUAAACUGGAACUCAUUUAGGGUGAGCAGAUGAAGAUCUUAUUACUAUUGAUGAUUACCUAUGUUUUGUCCUUUUAGUCAACACCUAUCCAUAUUUCCUGUAUACACAAGUGUCUUCAAUCAUAAUUCAUCAAUCUUAGCAAAAGCUAACAUCUGAUUAAACAUGCGACCUACUCCUUCAGUUCAGAAGGGUUAGCUUAGUCUGAGGCCUUAAAAUGAAUACAGUAAUGACCAACUCCUGAACAUUCCAAAGUAAGCAGCAUCCGGCCAACCCUGCAUACCACCCUGAAUUAAACCUGGUCCUCUGUAGAUGUCUAUACAGUAGAAGUCAAAGUGUUUAUGAAUUAUUUAAAGUGGUGUUUGUUUUAAGAAAGUAACUUGGUUCAGUGACAUUGUAAUAUUUUGUGACUCCUGGUAAUAAAUUUAUUAAAAAUCUCAUUUUUUGCAGAUAUUUAUAAAUUAAUAUUAAUCAUAUAUAUUCUGUGAUGUUUCAUAUUUAUACUAUUACCUAAGCUCAAGCAUAUAUUUUGGCAGUGUACCGAACAAAAUGAAGUGUACUUUGAAGCUUAUAACUACAGUGUUUCCAAUAUUUUUUUAUGGAAUAUGCAUGAAAAAUUAUCAUUUCCUUUUCCUGACAAUUGAUCAUUAUGGUAAUUAGAGUACAGUACAACCCUUCGUUGCCUAUUUUUAUAUAAAAUUUGUAAGUUUUUACACACUAUUUUCUGCUACAAAGAAAUUAUAUCCUCGAAUGAGUUCGUAAGAUGUUAUGGAAUCUUGCACAAUAUCGUUUCCACAGCCUAUACAUCAGGUGAAAAACCUUAAAGGCUUUAAAAAUGUUUUUUGAAAUUCGAUGAGACAUUAGUUCUCCCAAGAGCUUAUGUGAGUUCUGUAAUAGGUUCAGUCUUUAUAGACUCAUUACCUUAUGGCCUUAUUUAUUAAUGAGAUUUUCACUUACAGCAUCAGUAUCUGGUGAAAGGGCUGUCCAAAUUAAAGUGUGUUGCCCCAUGAACAUACGAGAGCAUUCGGGGAUAUAUUGGGUUCGACUUUAGGCAAAUGCACACAGGGCAAUACCACAAACAGUAUUGUUUAGCUUUUCUAAAUAAAUUUUAUGGCAAUACUGUACUGGUAUUGAUAUUUUUAGUCACAGUUAUGCCUCAACUUAUGCAAUAGAUGUGUUCUUGAAGAUGUACGCUCAACUGUACAUGAUUGUUCCCAUAUAAAUGUUAUAAGUGGAGGUUGCAUACCCAAACAUUCACUGAAUAUUGCCUUGUCUUUAUCAGUUUAUUUAUUUUUAUAUGUAUUAAAACAAAAACAUUUAAUUGUGCUGCUGAAGUAGUAUAUUUUCUCUGCCCAUUGCUGUCUGAACCUUCUAAUCACUUGUGUGUAUGGUGGUUCCCUCUGCUGAGUAAAAUAGUCUGGCAUUAGCCAAUUAAAAUAUUAAAAGUGGUUUCCCCUUAGUGAAGGGGUUAAUCGCUGAUGGAACAAUUCCCACUCAGUUUUUAUAGCAAGUACAAAGUUUGAAAGUGACAUAAAUGUUCCACAGGUAAAUGUAACAGUGUCACACACUAGGUGUAACUCACUACACACAUUGCAUUGGUAGUCAUCGUAACUGAGAAAGCUUGUGUAAGUCGAGGCAAUUUUUCUGGUUUACUUUUCAAUAAUAUAGUAUUAAAUUGCAGUAAGAGGAAUUCAUGUAAGUUGGACAAGCAUAAGUUGAGGUUUAACUGUAUACUUGCAGUUGUUCUCAUAGGGUAUUUGCAAACUUUCAGAACUUGGGGGAAGACUGAAUGGUUGCUAACGAUAUCAUACAGUAUUGUACUGAACAUAAAUGAAGCCACAUAAUGGUAUACAGUACAUGUAAUGUACACUGACACAAUGUGUUGACAUUGCAUAACAUUUAUGUACUUCAUGAUGGUUUGUCAAAAAUUAUUUUGUCUAACCUGAAUUUAAAUUAUUUUUUUAUCCUCAAAAUAUUUCCUUAAAUUAAUAUACUGUAGUGCCAAUUUCAAAUGUAUCAGCUUGUACUUUCUUAUGUGGAAUUGCCCUAGAUGCUAUGUAUACUUUCAGUAUAAUAAACAAAAGCAUACAGCCAAGUAGUUGUAAGUAAUGUA